AUGUUGGGCGACAGUCUGGCAGAGGUUUUGAGAUGGCGCUUAGUUGUAGCGACAUUGAGUUGUAAAACUUGGGUAUUUAUUCAUGUCUUCUGCGAGAGAUUGGCUCAUUCUCUUACUCCCACACUUUCUCCACCUUGUGGAACUUGGAAAGGUCAUUGGAGGUUGCUAGAAGUGUUGGGAAGCUCUUCCUUCUCUUCAUUGGGUCUCAAUCUUCAUUCAUGGUGUUUUCCUUCUUUUGGGGUUGAAGAGGGAGAAGAUCUACAAAUUGGAGAUAUGGAUGCGAAUAGGGAUGACAACGGGGUGGGGACAAGUUUCGCUAUCCCAUACCUAUCCCCAGAGACAAAAAUCAUCCCCAUCCCCAUACCCAAACCCAAUGGACGGGCCCAACGAUCCGAACGGGUCGAUGACACGAACAAGCCCGACGAUCCGAACGGGCCCAAUGAUCCAGAUAAGCCCAACGACCCAAACGGGCCGGACGACCAGUAUGGACCCAAUGACCCGGACGGGCCCUACGAUCCAAACAGGCCCGACGACGCAGAAGUGCCCGACGACACGUACGGGCUCGACGUACCGGACGGGCCCGACGACCCGGACGAGCCCGACAACCCAGACGAACCCGAAGUGCCCGACGAUCCGAACAAACCCAAUGAUCCAGACCGGCCCAACGACCCAAACGGGCCCGACGACUCGUAUGUAACCGACGACCCAGACGGGCCCUACAACUCAGCCAGGCUUGACGACCCUAACGAGCCCGACGACAUGUACGGGCUCGACGACCCAAACGUGCCCGACAACCUGGACAUGCCUGACGACCCGGAUGAACCCGACGACCCGGACGGGCCCGAUGACCCGCACAAGCCCGACGACCCCAACGGGCGCAACGAUUUGAAUGGGCCCGAUGUCCCGGACUUGCCGGUUCGCUGGGCCUAUCUGGUUCGUCGGGCUCGUUCAAGUCGUUAG